UGCAUACGAUUCACGUGUACUCUCGUAGAGAGUCGUUUUAGAGAUAUUCUACUCGUGCUGUUUUCGUAUUACAAAUGACCAGUUUCAAUGAAUUCUCCACGAGCUGUCAAAGGCAUUACUCAUCAAAACUUUAUUAAUUUCUAUAUUAUUUUUAACUUUGAAAGUAUUCUAAGCUUUGCAAGAUUUCUCCCCUUCUGAGAUUGAGUAGACUACUCUCGUGAUGCUGUGACAAUUUCAUAUUUUUACUACAGUCAACCGCCGUGACUAGACAGGUCUUGAUUAUUAUUCUUGAUUGGAAGAAGACUUGAUACAGUAGGACAGUAUGAGGAUUGCCAUAGAGGGGUGUGGCCAUGGGGAGCUUGAUAAAAUAUAUGAAACUAUAGCAUUUGCAGAACAGAAAGAAGGUUUCAAGGUCGAUCUGCUGUUGUGCUGCGGUGACUUUCAGUCAGUGCGUAAUGAAGCUGAUAUGGAAUGCAUGGCUGUCCCAAAGAAAUAUCGCCAGAUGAAUACUUUUUACCAGUACUACUCUGGUGAGAAGAAGGUUCCGAUCCUGACAAUUUUCAUCGGAGGAAACCAUGAGGCCUCUAAUUAUCUUGCUGAAUUGCCUUAUGGAGGAUGGGUGUGUCCAGGAAUCUACUAUUUAGGGUAUGCCGGUAUCGUGAACUAUGGUGGUAUUCGGAUUGGCGGACUAUCCGGUAUCUAUAAGAAACAUGACUACAGGAAGGGCCACUUUGAGAGACCUCCUUACUCACAGGAUGAAAUGAGGAGUGCAUACCAUGUCAGAAACCUGGAAGUUUUCAGAUUAAAGCAGAUUCAACAGCCCAUAAACAUUAUGAUGUCACAUGACUGGCCUAGAGGCAUAUAUCACCAUGGUGACAAAGAUGACCUGUUCCGCAAGAAGAAGUUUUUGGUUGAAGAAGUAAACAGUAACACAUUAGGUAGUCCACCAGCAGAAGAGUUGCUCUAUGAUCUCAAACCAGACUAUUGGUUCUCAGCCCAUCUUCAUGUAAAGUUCUCUGCUUUGGUGGAACACAAGGGUGAUGAUGGCUCUGUCAAGAAGACUACUAAGUUUCUUUCUACAGAUAAAUGCCUACCGGGCAGGGAUUUCCUUCAGAUUCUUGAAUUCCCUGAAAAGAGUGAGAGGCCUUUUGAGCUGAGCCACGAUACCGAAUGGCUUGCUGUCCUCCAAGCGACCAAUCAUCUACUGACGACUUCAAGGGAUAUUGUUCAUAUGCCAAACCCUGGCUACUUCUCAAAGUGGGAUUACAGUGUGGACAUGGAACAGCUAGCAGCGGUGAGAACUGCAUUUGGAGAUGAUCUCAAAAUACCAGACUCCUUUGAUCAAACAGUCAGGGUGUAUGACCCCAACAAUAUAGAAAGGAACCCCAAGCAACCUAAUCUGAUGAUCAACCCUCAGACCACUGCACUUUGCUCUAGACUACAGAUUACAGACCCAUGCAUUGUUCUCAUGGGUGGGUCUGAGCCAGGUGAACUAGCUGGGCCGAUUUUACCACCUCAGGAUGAAGCACACUCCGACGACGGCAACGAUGCAGAUGAUGACACAUCAGAGUCAUCCAGAAUUCUCUUUGAGAGUUUCAUUGACUCCGAAGCAGGGGCAAGUUUCUUGGACCUGUCUGUGAAUGAUUCGAGGAGAAGCAAUAAUUCCUCCAGGAUGUCCAUUGAUCCAGAGUCUAGUCUGAACCCAGAGGAAAUCUGUCUGAGUGAUGAUGAUGAUGGUGGUGUGGAGAAAGAACAAGAUAAUGGUGAUGGGAACAUUGUGGUCGGAGGGAAAGUUGCAAUUGAUUCCCCAUCAAAUGUAGACUUCACUCCUUCUCCCAUCAAGAGAACUUCACUAUCUCUCCCAAUCAUUACUAAAACUCCAAGCAUUCCAUCCCCUUCAUCCGGUCUCGACAGUAAUGUUCUGCCAGCUAAAGACGAGCUGACGAAUAAAAUUCUCUUUGAUGAACUUGAUGAUGAAGCAAAGGAUCGAAUUUCAAGCAUGGAUGGUGAGGUUUCUUCAUUUGACUCUAGCACGCCAAGACAUGGUCAAAUAAAACGAAGGAAUUUGGAGGUGUACACAUCUUCAUCCCGUGAUGCCUCAGAUGAGGCUAGCAUCUCGGACGAUACUGACCGCAGUGGUGUCUUGAGCGAUGAUUCAAGACCAGAUGUUAUAACCAUUAAAGGGGGGAGCGGUUCAAAAAAAUUUAAAAGAAGGAAUGUUGCCAUAUAUACAUCUAAUGAGGAUGAUUGAUACUCAAGGCUACUUUUGCCAUGUGCAAUUGACUAUUUUGUAUAUUUUUCAGCAAUGGUCAUUUCAAGUUGUACCACUAUAAGAAACAGGAAGUUUUCACUAUGUGGCAUAUAGAGUGUUCAAGAACAUAGAAAAUGUAUUGUCAAAUGCUCGUAGUGACAAAGGAAAAUCAAGAAGUAAUAGUCGUUAAUUGGAUAAUCAAAUCAGCUGUUUCAUCCUGGACUCUGGACUAAACAUAUUUACAAUGAUAUCGUCAGCUCCGGAACUUUGGCUGUUACAGUUCACCAUGUUUGGACAAGACCUCCGAGCUUUUCUUUGUCAUUUGACUGUUUUCAAUACAAUUACUGUGUUCCUGAACCCUCUGUACAUACCGGAGCAAAAACUCCCUAUACACUUUCUUAAAACCUUAUGAAAUUUUAUAUUGGUGCUUUUAAAUUUUCUCAUUUUUGUACAUUUUAAAAUGUAAAUAUCAAUUGUGAGUACAUUUUUUACUACGUGUAUAAUAUGAAAUAAUUGGGGAAAUUUUUAUUUGACUUCUACAUUUUUAUUCUUCCAGGAGGAAAGCGGUUUUAAGAAUUUCAACGAAGCUAUUAAAGAUUAACUUGAAGAAGGAGAAAAUUAUCCCAAAUACACAAGUGAACAUAUAGAAGACUUGAAAGCAGGAACUAUGUGCUGUUUUGAAUAUAUCCCAGCUGUCCAGAGAAUAGUGAUUACUAAUCUUUUAUCAGUGGUUUAUAGUGACAUUUAUAGAUAACCACUGUUAACAGUCUUGAACAGAUAAUCUUUGCCAGAAUCAGACAUUGAACUUGACAUUUUAAAGGCAGAAAAUUUGAAAAUAGAACAGCCUUGUUUUGCCUCUUGAAAUUGCAUGUUUGUGAUGAAAAUUAUUUUUUCACCCCUACAAUGCCAGACCCCAAGUUUAACCAACUUAUCUGUGUAGGCUGUAUUGAUUUCAUAUUUCCUGUGACAAUACAGUACAAUAUUGGAAUUGGCACUCUUCACAUUUACUGUAUCACAUCGCUUUACAUGGAAGCAAAUACAGAAAAUUAUGAAAGAAAACUACAUACAUGAAUCACAAGUACUUAACUAUCAAUAAGAAAUUCUUUAAGGACCGCUGGAAAGUUCCUGGAGAUGACAGUUUACGGAUGCAACGAGGGAUCUGGUUCCAGAGGUGUGGCGCGGCAGCAGUAAACAACCUGUCCCCAAAUGUCUAAUCUCUUUCCCCCUUUCCUCUUUUUAUUACAUUCAUCAGUAUUGAAAUUUUUCUCAGUAAUUUAUAAAUCACCAUUUUCAUCUUUUUUACCAUGUGCUAAUAGCGAUUCUUUACUGUAAUAUUGAUUAUUUAUUAUCUGGUAAAUUGGUAUGUGAUUAAAAGCUGUAUGAAGUCUUAUUUGAUAUGAUGCCAGCUACAUUUUGCAGUGAUCUCAUUCAGUGACACAAGUUAUACCCAUUUUGCUAAUAAAUGUACAUUGUACUGUA